GGCCGCUCUGCUCCACCACUCGUUGGUUCCGGAGGUCGCUGGAGCUGAGGGGAAAUGCUGGCGCGCGCGGCGCGGGGCACUGGAGCCCUUUUGCUGAGGGGCUCCGUGCAGGCUUCUGGCCGCGUUCCGCGUCGCGCCUCCUCUGGACUGCCCCGAAACACCGUGAUACUGUUUGUGCCUCAGCAGGAGGCCUGGGUGGUGGAGCGAAUGGGCCGAUUCCACCGGAUUCUGGAACCUGGCUUGAACGUCCUCAUCCCCGUGUUAGACCGAAUCCGGUAUGUGCAGAGUCUCAAGGAAAUUGUUAUCAACGUGCCUGAGCAGUCAGCUGUAACUCUUGACAAUGUCACUCUGCAAAUAGAUGGAGUCCUUUAUCUGCGCAUCAUGGAUCCUUACAAGGCAAGUUACGGUGUGGAAGACCCUGAGUAUGCUGUCACCCAGUUAGCUCAGACCACUAUGAGAUCAGAGCUUGGCAAACUCUCCCUGGACAAAGUUUUUCGGGAGCGUGAGUCCCUGAAUGCCAACAUUGUGGAUGCUAUCAACCAGGCUGCUGACUGCUGGGGUAUCCGCUGCCUGCGUUACGAGAUCAAGGAUAUACAUGUGCCGCCCCGAGUGAAAGAGUCUAUGCAGAUGCAGGUAGAGGCAGAGCGUCGAAAGCGGGCCACAGUUCUAGAGUCUGAAGGGACACGAGAGUCAGCUAUCAAUGUGGCAGAGGGGAAGAAACAGGCCCAAAUUCUGGCCUCCGAAGCAGAAAAGGCUGAACAGAUAAAUCAGGCAGCAGGAGAAGCCAGUGCAGUUCUGGCCAAAGCCAAGGCUAAAGCUGAAGCGAUUCGAAUUCUGGCUGGGGCUCUGACUCAACAUAAUGGAGAUGCAGCAGCUUCGCUGACUGUGGCUGAGCAGUACGUCAGUGCGUUCUCCAAACUGGCCAAGGAUUCCAACACAGUCCUACUGCCCUCCAAUCCCAGUGACGUCACGAGUAUGGUGGCUCAGGCCAUGGGUGUCUAUGGGGCUCUCACCAAAGCCUCAGUGCCCGGAGCCCAGAACUCCAGCGAGAGCAGAAGAGAUGUCCAGGCCACAGAUACAAGUAUUGAAGAACUGGGCAGAGUCAAGCUCAGCUAGUAGAGAUGACUUGGCCAGGGAGUCUAGGGACCGGGAGCAGUACUCUCAGAUUCUGGCUCCAGCCUCCCAGCCAAAUUUUAGUUUUUAUUUUUUUAUUUCAACUUAAUAAUCAUGUAAUAAACUCACCAGUGGCAAAUCGGAAA